AUGUUCGGCGCAUUGAAGACCGCAUUCCGCACACACCAGCCUGUCUCGACCUUCAAGAGCUUGACUCAGUCGACUCCUCGCUGCUUCCACGCCGUGGCCCUCAGAUUCGCUGAGCAAAAGAACACCAUGAACCCCAUCAAGCCCGAGCUCGGCGCUUCUUCUUUGUUCGGAGAUGUCAGCGCACAUGUCAAUGAAGUCCCUGUUGAGCAGGGUGGAAAGGCAACAGUCAAGGAGUACCAAUUUUCGACUGCCAACUUCAAGACCAGCACCAAGAAGUUGCGCCUUCUCGCCAACCAGAUCAAGGGCCUCGAUAUCCAGAAUGCUAUCAACCAGAUGGAGUUUUCUCAGAAGCGCCCCGGAAAGCGUGUCAUGAACACCUUGGCCUUUGCCAGGACCAACGCCACCACACAGGAGAAGUACUCUAUGGAUGCCAGCAAGCUCUAUGUCGAUCGUGCUUGGGUUGGAAAGGGUAUUUACCAUCGUCGCAUCAAGACCCACGCUCGUGGUAAAUUCGGAGUGAUGCACCAUCCUACUGCACAUCUCAAGUUCACCCUCAAGGAGCGCCAGCCUGAGACCACAGAAGCUGGUCGUGCGACGAGGAGAGACAUUCGUGGCUGGAAGCAGACUAAGAAAGUCUGGACGCCCUUGAUCGAGGACAAGCCCAUCUAUAACCCCACUCGUACCUACAACUGGUAA